UUGGCACCAGAAAACACUCUGAUGUCCUUCCAGAAGGCAGUGGAGCAGAAGAUGUAUGGAGUCCAAGCUGAUGUUGUCCUGAGCUAUGAUGGAGUGCCAUUUCUGAUGCAUGACAAGACACUCAGGAGAACAACUAACGUGGAGGAAGUGUUCCCAGAGCGGGCCUACGAGCACUCCUCCAUGUUCAACUGGACUGACCUGGAAAAGCUCAAUGCUGGAGAGUGGUUCCUACGGAACGACCCUUUCUGGACGGCCGGGUCUCUCUCGAGGUCUGACUACCUGGAAGCUGCCAACCAGUCGGUCUGCAAGCUGGCAGAUAUGCUGGAGGUGAUCAAGGACAACACAUCGCUCAUCCUGAACUUCCAGAACUUGCCAUCAGCUCAUCCCUAUUACAGCACUUACAUCAACAUCACCCUGGAAACCAUCCUGGCAUCGGGAAUUCGGCAGCAGGCUGUGAUGUGGCUGCCGGACACGGAGAGGCAGCUGGUCAGACACAUUGCUCCAGGCUUCCAGCAGACUUCUGGCCUCAAGCUGGACACAGAGCGCAUGAGGGAGAAGGGCAUCGUGAAGCUCAACCUGCGCUACACCAAGGUCACAAGUGAGGAUGUCAGGGACUAUGCCAUGGCAAACCUGAGUGUGAAUCUCUACACUGUGAACGAGCCCUGGCUGUACUCCAUCCUGUGGUGUGCUGGUGUCCAGUCGGUCACCUCCGACAGCUCCCACGUCCUUCGCAAGGUGCCUUUUCCCACCUGGCUGAUGCCUCCAGACGAGUACCGCCUGAUCUGGAUCACAUCUGAUCUCAUUUCAUUUAUCGUAAUUGUAGGAGUUUUUAUAUUCCAGAACUAUCACAUGAUCAGGUGGCGCUUCGGAAGCAUCAGGACCUACAAUCCAGAGCAGAUCAUGCUCAGCGCUGCUGUCCGCCGGUCCAGCCGGGACGUCAAGAUCAUGAAGGAGAAGCUGAUCUUCUCAGAGAUCAACCACGGGGAGCACCGGGCCACCAAGCUGCGGAUGAACUGA